UUUAUUUUGACUCGCGCUUCUGGUACCCAGCGCAAUGCAAUUGCCCAGUAUGUACCUCAACGCCCUCUUCCUCCUGGCGUCCUCCGUCCUCGCAGCCCCAAACCACGACCUCGCGCCACGCCAGUCCACGCAAAAGGUAACCGUCGACCUCACAAAGCGCUACCAGACCAUCGACGGAUUCGGCUUCAGCGGUGCAUUCCAGCGCGCCAACCUCGUCGUCAACCUCAAGGAGCCGAAACAGUCGGAGGUAUUGAAUCUCCUGUUCAAUACCACGACUGGCGCGGGGUUCAGUAUUGUGCGGAAUGGUAUUGGAAGCAGCAAGUCGAGCCAGAAUGAUUGGAUGAAUACCAUUUUGCCAAAUUGUCCGAGUACGCCGGCUUACGUGUGGGAUGGGAAGGAUAGCGGGCAGCUGUGGCUGAGCCAGAAGGCGUGGAGCUACGGCGUGCGCACAUUUUACAACGAUGCAUGGAGUGCGCCCGGGUGCAUGAAGACAAAUGGUCAAGACACGAACGGAGGACAGCUCUGUGGCGUCUCAGGCACGAACUGCAAGUCCGGCGACUGGAAACAAGCCUACGCGAACUACCUCGUCAAAAACAUACAGCUGUACGGUGAAAACGGAGUGACUGUCACACACGUAGGGUUCCUUAACGAGCCCGACUACUCUACCUCCUACGCCUCAAUGCAAUCUUCCGGCACCCAAGCCGCAGACUUCAUCAAAGUCCUGCGCCCCACCCUCGACGCCGCAAACCUCACCGCCGUUGGCAUAAACUGCUGCGAAGCCACCGGCUGGAGCGUCGCCUCCCAGCACGCCAGCCAGAUGGCCAGCGCAGGCGUGAUCCCAAUGUUGUACGCCGUCACCAGCCACGAGUACACGAGCCGCAUCUCAGGCGUUAUGAAUACCAAGGCGAAAGUCUGGCAGACGGAGUAUUCCGAUUUGAACGGUGGAUGGAGCACGAGCUGGUAUUCCAACGGCGGCACCGGAGAUGGGUAUACUUGGGCGAACACUGUGUUCAAUGGCGUGGUGAAUUCGAAUCUCAGCGCCUACAUCUUCUGGGAGGGGGUCCAGGAUCGCGCGACGAAUAACAAUAACAACGAGAAGCUGAUUUUGGUGGAUGGCCAGAGCUAUACGGUGAGCAAGCGGCUGUGGGCGUUUGCGCAGUUCCGCGUUGUGCGGCCUGGUGCUGUGAGGAUUGGUGCGAGCGGCGGGAGCAAUCUCAAGAGCGGUGCGUUUGUGAAUGCGGAUGGGAGUGUGGCUGUGGUGAUCAUUAACACAGGUACAGGCGCGCAGACGGUGGGCGUGAGUUUGACCGGAAGUACCCUUGUCAAUCCGACGGUGAGGGCCUGGUACACGGACAAUACGCAUGACAUGAGCGAGACCACGGCUACGGUGGGUAGCGACGGGACGGCGAGCGCGAGUGUGCCUGGAAGGGGCAUGAUCAGUUUCUUGGUCUCGGGGGCUGCGGCGAAUGCUACUGUUGUGGCUCAUUGAUAUAUAUCAGAGCGC